AAAACAUUCAUGGAACUAUGCAAAUCUCUACAGUAUGUUCCUGCUAUGUAUGUUUUGAUAUAAAAAUCCUCCCAGACCUUCACUGUGUUCAGACACAAACAUCAGCCGUGGUGUUUCCAUCCCAGAGUUUCCUUCUACAGUCCACAGAAGCAUCAUGAUGGAGAAGAUCCUGCUGCUCGUCUUGGUUUCCUCAGAGAUCUUCCUCCUCUCCUCCUGCCUCCUCAUCCGUCAGUACCACGUUGUCAAUCAACCUUUGAACUGGACUGAAGCUCAGACCUACUGCAGACAGAAACACACAGAUCUGGCCACCAUUGAAAACUCCAAAGAAAUGGACCAACUGAUGAACACUAUUUCAUCUUUUGGUUACAGUUAUAACUUUUGGAUCGGUCUGUACAAUGAAAUCAGCUGGAGAUGGUCUGAUGGAUUCAUUGGAAGCUUCACAGGCAACAACUACAACUACUACUACUGGACUUCACAAGAUACAUCACAUUCCCGCAGUGAUCAGCUCUGUAUGGUUCCAUACUGGCAUUACGACCAUUACCAUUGGUCCGACUCAAGCUGCAGUUCAUUAUUACAUUUUGUGUGCAACAAUGGAACCCAGCAGAAUCCUGAAUAUGUUUUUGUGAAUGAAAUGAUGAACUGGUCCAGCGCUCAGAGACACUGCAGACAGAACUUCACAGACCUGGCCACUGCAAGGAACAACACAGACUGGCAGGCACUUUCCAGUGUGAUGCCUGUUAAUCAGAACCUAUGGAUUGGUGUUUAUAGAGAUUUAAACAUUUCCUGGUCUGAUGGGACCCUUCCGUCUUUCUACCCAACAACAUUAAAUUUUUAUAAUCAGCCUAACGUAAUCAGCGCCACGUGUGGUUAUCAAUAUUGGCUAAACAGAGAGUACUGGCAUUUUUAUCCUUGUGAAAACAGAUUACCAUUUAUCUGCCAUGGUCCUAAAGUAAUCAUACACAAGCGUGUGGUGAAGCUGAGACUGAAGACGGAAAACUCUGAAGAUCUGAAUGAUGCUGCUGUUAAAGCAAAGUUGCUGGAAGAGCUUCAGAAGAAACUGGAGGAGAACGGAGUGAAUGGAGUGGAGGUGAAGUGGAAACAGCAGACUGAUGGAAAAGUCUUCAACAAAGAGAAAAAGAAGACUGAGCUCUGAAAAAUAAACCCUUCAUUAAAAUAAACACUUAAUUUUCCUUAAACCUAAUGCAAUAUUUGUGAAUUUGAUAAUAUUUUUGAAUUAGUGAUAAGUUUUGAGUCAAAAGUUUCAUUUUCUUUUUUUGUUUGUUGCAGGUUUCAACAAACUGAAUAUUAAUGUUAUACAGCUGUGUAGCUUUUCUUCUUACAAGUUAAAGUUACAGUUAUUUGAGAUGUUUACGUUUACGUUUUCAGAUAGCUAAAAAAGAUAAGACAAAGAUUAGGAACUACAUUUUCAAUCAUUUUUGUUUAGAUUUUACCUUUCUGGACUCUGGGUUAAACGUUCUACAUAAGAUAUCCUGCAGGUUUUUGUCACAAGCUAUAAAUGCAAAAUAUAGUAAAGCAAAUAAAGAA